UCCGUGCGGGUUGGGGAGGGGGGUUUUGCUGAGACCUCUUAUUCACUUGGCAGCCUGCAGCUGCGCAUUUAGCGGCUGUGGUUCGCAGCGCUCUAAGAAAGCGACGCCCGAGGAAGACAGACGCGCCGGGCAAUUCUUUGCGCCAUGGCCGCCGCGGCCAAACUCGUCAACCCGAACGCCGAGAUCGUGGCCAAGUCCCAGUCGCUUUUAGUCAACGUCUCCGCCGGCCGAGGGCUCGCGUCGGUCCUCAAGUCGAACCUCGGGCCGAGAGGAACGCUGAAGAUGCUCGUGGGCGGCGCGGGCCAGAUCAAGCUCACGAAGGACGGCGCCGUCCUCCUGAAGGAGAUGCAGAUCAUGCGCCCGACGGCGCCGCAAUUUUUCGAUCAGGAGCGUGUCGGCGCUCAUACGCUCGCCGGUCGAUCUCUACGCAGGCACCCGACGGCGACCAUGAUCGCGCGCACCGCCACCGCGCAGGACGAAAUCACGGGCGACGGCACGACGUCCGUGGUGUUGCUGACGGGCGAACUUCUGAAGUGCGCGGAACGAUACGUCGGCGAGGGCAUGCACCCGCGCGUCAUCGCCGAGGGCUACGACCUCGCGCGGGACAAGGCGCUCGAAAUCCUCGACGCGUGCGCCGUCGGCGUGGACGCGAAGAAUCCGCCGCGGGAGCUCCUCCAGAGCGUCGCGCGGACCGCGCUCCGGACGAAGCUCCAGCCGAAGAUCGCGGACCUCAUGACCGGGGCCGUCGUGGACGCCGUCCUGACGGUGCGCGACGAAGACGACGAGGGGAGUUUGGCCGUCGACCUGCACAUGGUCGAGGUGAUGACCAUGGAGCACAAGCUCGGGGCCGACUCCCGGUUCGUGCGAGGCCUGGUGCUCGACCACGCGUCGCGGCACCCCGACAUGCCCAAGCGCCUCACGAACUGUCGGCGACGCGGCGCGGAAAUCGGACCCGACCGGGACGGGGUCGCGUCGAUGGCGUCUCCGUGGUCUCGCGUCUUCGUGCGAAACGUCUUCGCGAUCGCGAGCGGGCCGCGGCGGUCGCGCGACGGCGCCGCGCCGCGCAGGCCACGUCCUCACGUGCAACGUCUCGCUCGAGUACGAAAAGUCCGAGGUCGCCUCGGGCUUCUACUACUCGAACGCGGAGCAGCGCGAGAGGCUCAUCGAGAGCGAGCGCAAGUUCACGGACGACAAGGUGAAGCAGGUCCGCCCCGCGGCGUCCUGUCCGUCGCGGCGGUGGCAUCGCCGGCGGAGAGAUGACGCGCCGCCGCCGCCGAAUCCGGUCGCGCCCCGCAGGUCAUCGAGUUCAAGCGCCGCGUGUGCAAGGAGGGCGAGUCGUUCGUCGUCAUCAACCAAAAGGGCAUCGACCCCCUCUCCCUGGACAUGCUCGCCAAGGAGGGCAUCUGGGCGUGUCGACGGGCCAAGCGCCGGAACAUGGAGCGCAUCGCCCUGGCGUGCGGCGGCUCCGCGGUGAACUGCCUCGACGACCUCGAGCCGGACUGCCUCGGCCACACCGGGCUGCUCUACGAGGUCAAUCUGGGCGAGGAGAACUACACCUUCAUCGACGAGGUCAAGAACCCGAAGUCCUGCACCUUGCUGUUGAAAGGCCCGAACAAGCAUACGAUCGAUCAAAUCAAAGACGCGGUGCGGGACGGGUUGCGGGCGGUCGCGGGCGUGCUGGAGGACGGCAAGGUCGUCCCGGGCGGCGGCGCGUUUGAGGUCGCCGCCGCUGCCGAGCUCGUGGACACGUUCACGAAAACGGAAGCGGCCCGAGGCAAGAAGAAGUUUGGCAUCCACGCCUACGCGGACGCGCUGCUGGUCGUGCCCAAGGUCCUGGCGGAGAACGCCGGUCUCGACGUUCAGGAAGCGAUCGUGAACGUCCAGGACGCUAGGAUCAAGACCGGUGGGUGUCUCGGACUCGAUUUAGCUACUGGAGAAGCCACGGACACCGCGGCCCUAGGCGUCUGGGACAAUUACCGCGUCAAGAAGCAGUACCUCCACCUGUCGACCGUCUUAGCGACGCAGCUAUUGCUGGUGGACGAGGUCAUGAAGGCCGGGCGCACCAUGGGCAAGGGCCCCGCGGCCGCGCCGGACGACGAGUACGCCUAGCUGCACUCCCGUCUAAUUUUUCGUCGCUUA